UCUUGGUGAUAUCCGGGUCACAGGGGGGUUGUGGAGGACGGAGUGACUACUGGAGAGAUUUUGGAGUAAAACAGACUAACCUGUGUUGAUUUGGGUUUUUUUUAACCAGCUAAGCUCAUAUAGCCUACUAGCUGUGUUGGGUCACAUGAACUGAGAGGAGGAAGAGGAGGAGGAGGAGGAUGAUGGCGGACACACCACCACCACCAGGAGAGCUCUCCCUACUGUCAUCUUCAGAGGUGUCAGAAAGUUCAGAGAGGCAAAACUCGUCAGAUGAAAACGGACAUGUUGACAGUCCGGAUGAGACUCUCUCCCCUACCUCUGUGAUCUACUUCAAGGAGGCUUUAAACUCCUCUAACUUGAGAUUUGGGACGGCUGGGUCACUGUCGCCCACUCCACUCCGACAGUAUGACUUCCACAUUGAAAGGAUCGAGUCAAAACGCAAAAACCCUAAGGAUCCCAUCACAAUUGAAAGACUUAACCUGAUGAACAUGGCCAAACUGAGCAUCAAGGGCCUGAUCGAGUCCGCUCUCAACCUGGGACGCACGCUGGACUCUGACUAUGCACCUCUGCAGCAGUUCUUUGUGGUGAUGGAGCACUGUCUGAAACAUGGCUUGAAAACCAAGAAGACUUUCCUGGGGCAGAACAAGUCGUUCUGGGGGGCGUUGGAGCUGGUUGAGAAGCUGACACCUGAGGCAGGAGAGAUCACUGCCAGUGUAAAAGACCUGCCGGGCCUCAGAACUCCUUUAGGAAGAGGGCGUGCGUGGUUACGUCUGGCUUUGAUGCAGAAGAAGCUCUCCGACUACAUGAAGACCAUCAUCAACAGAAAGGACCUGCUCAGUGAAUUCUACGAGCCGAACGCGUUGAUGAUGGAGGAGGAGGGAGCCGUCAUCGCCGGGCUUCUCGUCGGACUAAAUGUCAUCGAUGCCAAUCUGUGUAUGAAGGGAGAGGACCUGGACUCACAGGUCGGUGUGAUCGAUUUCUCAAUGUACCUCAAAGACGGCGGACACAGCAGUAAGAGUGCAGAGGGUGACGGUCAGAUCACAGCCAUUCUCGAUCAGAAGAAUUACGUGGAGGAGCUGAACAGACAUUUAAGUGCGUCGGUAAAUAACCUCCAGGCCAAGGUGGACGCUCUGGAAAAGUCAAACACAAAGUUAACAGAAGAGCUCGCGGUGGCAAAUAACCGGAUCAUCACUUUACAAGAAGACGUGGAGAGAGUAAAGGAGGAGAGCUCGUAUCAGCUGGACUCCAGUAGGAAGGCAUUAAGAAGCGACUCAGCACCAGACGGUCAAGCUCUGGGUGAAACACGCAAGCAGCUCAAAGAGGAAACUCUGCUUCGAUUGGAUGUGGAGAAGGAGCUGGAGGUGCAGAUCGGGAUGAAGCAGGAGAUGGAGCUGUCCAUGAAGAUGCUGGAGAAAGAUAUCUGUGAGAAGCAGGACGCUCUGGUGGAGCUCCGACAGCAGCUGGAGGACCUUCGUACCAUCAACCAACAGCUUGGCCACAAGUCACAGAGCGCAGAGUCCAGCUCCAAACAGAAGAGUGAAGCCAUCGCUCGCUUGGAGGAGAAGAUAAACCAGAUGUCAGGAACUGUGAAACACCUGGAGAGCAGAUCCAAACAGGCUGAGAAAGAAAAGGAUCUGGCUUUAGAGGCCAACCGGCUCUUCAAACAGGAGUUUGGAGAUAAAAUCGAGAGUCUGCAGGUGGAAGUGGAGCAGCUCAGGAAACACAGGUCUAAUCUGGAGGUGGAGCUGAGGAAGGAGCGAGAACGAAGAAGUGAGCAUCACGUGGACGUCAAACAGUCCAGUACUCCUCGGAGGGAAAGAAAACACCCAGAGAACAUACCAAAACCUCCAGCCACCUUUCCUCCAGACUCCCCGUCAGCCAAAAGGGAGAUUGAUCAGUUACACACAGGAGCAGAGGACAAAACCAGUCUGAGCUCCAGCUUGUCCUUGUCACAUCAUGAAGAUGAGCAGGAUGAGUCGUUCGUGGAGAUCAGUCAUCCGACCAUCUGUACAAUGUGUGAACAGGACGACUCCAUCCUGAAGACAAAGAAACAGUGUAAAAACUGCACCGGGGUUUUCUGUGAGAGCUGCGUGUGCAACGAGCUGCCGUUACCUUCCUCCAUUCUCCCAGAGACUGUGUGCAGCGCCUGCUACUCUCAGUUACUCCAACAAUACGCUUCAACGCCAACAUGAACCAGCUCCAGCAUUUUACCGCAAAACCAUGACGAUCAGACACAUGGAAACACAGAAAGCAUUGGUUUCUAAAACUGGCACUGCAAAAAUGCACUUUUUCACUUCAUGACUCAAGACGUCGUGAAAGAUCUGAUGGGGUCCUUUUUUAAAUUCAGCGGCGUUCAAACUUGAGCUGUGUGUUUGCAGGUUUUCAUGACAAUUAAAUGCUGCUGGAGCCAUUUUUAAAAAAAAUCCCUUUUCUGGUUGAAAGUGUGUUACAUAGUAAGUUCGGCUGCUGUGGUAUUUCUAUUGGGAGUGAAAACCUGCACGCACGCAGCUGAGCAUGGCGCCUGAUUGCAUAAACUGAAGACUAAAACGUGAAUCAUCUCAUUCAUGGACACAUUUAGAAAAAUGUCCACAAUGUCCACUAAGUGGAUUUGGGAUGAAAAGGUCAAUAUUUUUAACCUCAGCUUUUAAACAUUAAAAAAACAAAAAGGAAAAACUGGAUUUGACAGCUCAGUAUUUUUGAAACACAAAUGCACUCCUAUCAUAACAGUUAACUACAUACAAAUCAUUUAAAGCAUCAUAUCAGUUAAAUGAAGCAUGAAUUUUCAUACUGAUCCAGGACGAUACUGACAAACUCAAAUAUCACACAAACACUUCUGACCAAAUAUUUAUGUUUAAAAAUAAGUAGAUAUUUAGAGAAUGGCUUUAUGUGCUGUUAGAAGUUUCUUACAUGAUAUAAAGUUGUUAAAAAGAAUCAUAAAUAUACAUAAAUUGUCAAUAAAUAACUCGACUAGGUUAAGGAAUGUGCUCGUAAUGCUGUAAUACAGAAUUUAAGACCCAAAAAAAAGAUAAAUAUUUAAUUAUCUUGACUCGAGGUCGGCUUUUGUAGCUUUUUCCUGAGCUUUCAACCGCAUGCACAUAACUCGAUAAACUCCAUCUGCUUAUAAAUAGCCGUGAGAUGCAGUUGAAACUCAUGCGAUAACCAAAAUCUUGAGACUAUAUUAUAUCUAGUCUCUUAUCGUGAUAUUGAUAUGUGAUGGAUCGGCUCUGCAGCAGCUGUUCAGACUUUGUUUUAUAAAGUAUACAAAGCUGAAUAAUCAGGAUAGAUUUUCUUUAUUACUGUUGCUGAGUUAUUUCUAACUGGGAUUAACACAUAAAAAAAGCUAAAAACUAUGAAAUGAUCUCCUGUAAAUCACAGCAGAGUCAGCUUUAAACAGUGCUGCAGUAAAAUAAUGAAUUCCAUCAUUCAGAUAUUCAGACUCUGAUCUUUUCCUCUCAUUAUUAUUAUUAUUAUCUAACUCUGUUUCUGGCUGUCUUAACAUAUCUCAGCACUUUUUUUAAAAAUGCACGGCUCCCUGUCGGACUGGUUUGAAGUGGGCAUAUCUGUGUGUAUGAGGCAUUUCUUUAUAACAGCUGUUUUUAACGUUGUGUUGAUUUAUAUGAAGAAUAAGUAGAAGCUGCGUUAUUAAAAAAAAAACAUCGGUUAAACCUUUAAUUGUUUUUGUAGAAGCUUAAUUAACAUAUGUGAGAUGGAAAUGCUUCUUAGAUCAACAAUA